AUGGCUGAGGAUGAGGGCAGCAGGCAGGGUGGUGGUGUGAGCGGGGAGGAGAAGGAUGCAGUGAUUGACAACAUGGGCGAGUUUGGGCUGGAUCCCAAGGCAGGCCUGCUUCCUUUCCAACAAGACAUGUUCAAGGACAUCAUGGCCGACGUCGACGCCCUCCUCGUCACGGGACAAGGAAUGGGACUGCAUCGACUGCUGGUGUCCAUGUUAAGGGUCCACUGUGACCCAAAGUCGCUGGUAUUGGUCAUCAACGCAAACGUCACCACGGUUGAGCUGGCCACGGAGGAGCUGAGCUUGUCCACAUCGUUUCCGCCAAAGAUUCUCUCCAUGGACCAGCUUUCCACCGACCGGCGCGAUAUCUACCUGGAAGGAGGCGUUGUAUUUGUGACGUCCCGUAUCCUUGUUGUGGACAUGUUGAUGGGUCGCGUGCCCAUGGCCAAUGUCCACGGCAUUGUUGUUCCCGAUGCCCACCGCGUCAUCCCGACAUCCAGCGAGGCGUUUAUUCUGCGUCUGUUUCGACACGAGAACCGGACGGGGUUCAUCAAAGCCAUCACGGACAGCGCACAGGGCCUCGUCGGCGGUUUCAAUCUCCUGGAGAAGGUGAUGCGGAGUCUGUGGGUGAGCCAGCUCUACCUGUGGCCGCGGUUUGAGAAACGCGUCAUCGACACGCUCAGCACAAGGCAGCCAGAGGUCUUCGAGGUCAAGGUUGACAUGACGUCCACGAUGCAGCUCAUUCAGCUCGCCAUCAGCGAUCUCAUGGUCUCCUGUCUCAAGCAGCUGCGUAAACUGCGCCCCUCGCUGGAAAUGGAAUUUCUCACCGUCGAGCGCGGCCUCUUCCCCGCUUUCGACCAGGCGCUGCGCCGGCAGCUUGAUCCCGUGUGGCACACGCUCGGGUUCCGCACGAAGCAGCUGGUGAAGGAGCUCAAGACGCUGCGCACAAUGGCCAAGUACCUCGACCAGUACGACCCAGUCUCCUUCUACUUCUACCUCGAGGUUGGCGAGCGGGGCGUGUUUGGCGGGCAGUCGGUCGUGCAUCGGCGGCUUGGGCGGCGGGCAGCGCGAGUGGCGCGACGGAGGGAGCGCGCAGCACAGGAGGCGAAGGCCAAACGACAGCAGCGGCAGCGAAGAGGAGGCGGUGGUGACAGGGAUGGCGAUGGUGGUGACGACGACGAUGACGAGCAAGAGGAGUUUGAGACGACGAUUCCAGAGCUUGUUGAUCUCGGGACGGACAUCAUUGAAGAGGCGGACCAGCAGGACGAUUCGCAGCGCGGCGACGGGCAGCAGAGCGACAUGGCUGUACCGCCGGACGAGGAGUUUCGGCGCCACUACCGCGUGCUGCAGCCAGACGACCUCAUGUUCAUUCUGCCGUUUUAUCUCCCCGAAGUGGGCGUGUCCACGGCGCGGUUUGCGCGCAUUCUAAACGACGUGAAACCAAAGACGAUUGUGUUCUAUGACCCACACCUCGCCUGCGCCAGAGAGGUUGAGCUGUAUCAGUCGGCACAUCCCGAGGUGGACCUGCACGUCUACUUCAUGAUGUACAGGACGUCGUUUCAGGAGCAACAAUAUUUGUCGUCGAUUCGUCACGAGAAGGAGGCGUUUGAGCGCAUCAUCACCGCAAAGCGGACAAUGGCGCUGCCUGCGGACCAGGACGGCAGGCGGGGUAUUCGACAGGCCGAGGAGCGCCAACUUAAAACACGCCUUGUGGCGAGCCGGUCCUCCUCCGUGGUUGGGGCGAGCACGCGGCGCGGUGGCGGCAGGGUGGCUGAGGGCGCACCCAGACCCAAGGUCAUUGUUGACAUGCGCGAAUUUCGCAGUUCUCUCCCGUCGCUCAUCCACGAGUUUGGCAUGGACGUCGUCCCCGUCACCCUCAUCGUUGGCGACUAUGUGCUGAGCCCAGACAUUUGCGUGGAACGCAAGAGCCUUCCAGAUCUCAUCGGGUCCCUGUCCUCUGGGCGGCUGUACAGCCAGGUGCUGGCGAUGACGACGUACUACGCGCGACCCGCGCUGCUGAUUGAGUUUGACGAGAGCAAACCGUUCUCCCUCCUCGGCUCUGGCGAGACGCUGUCGGAUGACAUUGAGUUCAAGAACACCAUGUCCAAGCUGACGCUGCUGACGCUGACGUUUCCGUCGCUGCGCGUGCUGUGGUCACGCAGCCCGCACGCCACCGCCGAGCUGUUCUACACGCUGAAGCAGCACCAGGACGAGCCUGAUGCCACAGCGGCGGCGAACGUUGGCGAGGAGGGCACGCACAACGAGGAGGACUAUGCACUGGAGCCCAUGGUGGUGCUGAAGACGGUGCCCGGGGUGACGCCGCACAACGCGUACGCAAUUAUGGAGAAGGUGAAGAACCUGGAGGAGCUGACGCAGUUGGGGCUGAAGCAGCUGCAGGAGGUGGCGGGCAAGGCAAACGGGCGCCUCAUGUACGACUUCUUCAACAACACAACCACAGUUGACGACGACGACAAAGGCCACGAUGACAAGAAAGGGUGACAUGUGGAUGUGGAGAAGGUGACAGUGGUGGCAGUGACAGUGAUGAUUGGUGGUGGUGGUGGUGGUGGUGGUGGUGACAGCGGUGAUUGGUGGUGGUACCACUGCUAACGCACACCGACGAGCAUGGUGGUGUUGCUCCCUGUUCACUGCUGCUGCUGUUGCAUGACUAUGUGUCUGUCCAAUAUGUGCUGUUUAUUGCGGAUCUCUUCGGUCAACAGUUAAAGGAAGAAAGACUACCAGCA